CUUUAUGUCAAGUCAAAACUAAUGCCACCUGUUAUUCCAAAUUUCCCAUGUGAUGAAAUACCCUAGAACCCAGAUGAGGCAAUUUUUUGAAAAUUUUGUAGUGUUUAUGUUGAAGAAAUAUUUAUCGAAUACGUUUUCUGGCGUGAAACGAAUGUAGUCCGAAUGUCUGUAAAAGUGUAAAAUCUACAUGUAAGUUUAAUCAAGUCGAAAUCUAUCAUCAUAUUUGCCAACCAUAUGGCGAAAUUAAACCCUAGGAGAACUCGUUCCUUGCUCCACAAAAGAAAAAAAAAUUAACACCAACUCGUUCUUAUUUUCAUUUUCCUGAUUUUCAUAUAUGGUCAUUGGUUAAGUUCAGUCGGCAAAAGGAAAUCAAAAACUUACUGAAGAUGGCAAGCCGAAAGAAGCCUAAUUUGAAACUUCAUGUACCUGAAGAAAGUAUAGUCCCUGUCAUACCCCCAGCAAAUCUGGACACCAGGACAACAAUAACAAUUGGUGAUAAGACCUUCGACGUAGAGGCAGACGACCUUGAAAAAAUCUGUGAUUUGGGCAGGGGUGCCUAUGGUAUUGUUGAGAAAAUGAGACACAUACCCAGUGGCACAAUAAUGGCAGUAAAGAGAAUAACAGCAACAGUCAACACUCAAGAACAGAAGAGGUUACUCAUGGACCUAGACAUCUCAAUGAGAAGCAGUGACUGUCUGUACACAGUGCAGUUUUAUGGGGCAUUGUUCAGGGAGGGUGAUGUCUGGAUUUGUAUGGAAGUAAUGGAUACCAGCUUAGAUAAAUUCUAUGCCAAAGUUUAUAAACAUGGGAAGAGUAUUCCAGAAGUAGCACUAGGUAAAAUAGCUUUAGCAGUAGUUAGUGCCUUGCACUACCUAUACUCUCGCCUUAAGGUGAUCCAUAGAGAUGUAAAGCCUUCAAAUAUCCUGAUUAAUAGACAAGGCGAGGUAAAAAUGUGUGAUUUUGGCAUCAGUGGAUAUCUUGUGGAUUCUGUCGCAAAAACUAUAGAUGCUGGCUGCAAACCUUAUAUGGCGCCCGAAAGAAUUGAUCCACAAGGAAAUCCUUCCCAGUACGAUAUCAGAUCCGAUAUUUGGUCUUUGGGUAUAUCCUUGAUAGAGCUGUCUACUGGCAAAUUUCCAUACCCCAUUUGGGGUACUCCCUUUGAGCAACUCAAACAAGUAGUGGCGGAUGAUCCUCCGACGUUGCCAGCUGGUCAGUUUUCAGCAGAGUUUGAUGACUUCAUAUCCAAAUGCUUACAGAAGAAAUAUACAGACAGGUAUUAUUUAAACAAUCAUAUAUUGAUGUUAUGCCAUAUGAUUUAGUGUAGUUUCCUUGUAGGAGGGUGGCGUAGUUGCCUUUGUUCGAUAUUUAGACUCGCGCACAAAACAUGGUGAAACCGAAAAAUCCAUUAUUCUGGAAAUGUUUAUUCAAUCAAAUUACAUAAAUUAUUCUGAUGUUGAGUUUUCGACAAACUCGUGGGAUAUUUUUAGCCGAUACGAGCGUUCAUUACUGCCUGCACUGCUGUCAUGUUUUCCUGUCACAAGACUGAAUGGAAAAUAACCAAUUUACGAAGUGCGUUUCUUAAUCUUCCAUCCACACUUGCAUGUGCAUCUGUAUUGCUUCUUUUGAAGAAAAAAACCACUUUAGUCUUCACUUUUGGAAGAUCUGAUUGACAUUGGGAAAUUUUGUCAAUUGAGCACAGAUUGGUCAUCUUAGAGAUUGUUUCAUAAUGAAUUGUCGAAGAAACACGGCUAUUCUGUGUAUCCUGAUAAUUAAAAGUAGCGCAAGUCCUGUGAUCCCGGAAUGCCGUACCGGCAUUUUGCCAUUACCUUGUUCAUUUUGCGAGGAUUCCUUUUUCCCACAGGGAUUUAUGCUCGAGCAUGGUCUACAAUUGGUCUAUAGCUUUCCUGAAAGAUUAUCUCCUUAGAUUUUGGUGCCCCGCGUGACAUUUUUGGACUUGUGUUGGCAAUUAUUAGAAGCCUUGGGGGAUAAGAGAAAUAAAACUGCAGACCAUACCGGUGUAAUUACUAUAUUUUUUUAGUAAUAAUCGAAAAAAGUAGAGAAGACGCGACCGAACAAUUGAGUUUACAAACAUGCCUCUUAGUAACGCAUUUCAUACAACUGUAACAUAGAAGUGGUACCCGAUAAGAAAUGCCAACUUAACAUAUCAGACUAGCCACGGGUAUAACGGCAACGUGUCCAGUCUUCAGACAACGCAACAUUGCCAAACCGGUAACGUGCGAUAUUGCAUAUUUUAGCAACUUGACAUUUUGUUACAUUUUCAGAUGGAAUUACAGUCAACUCCUACAACAUCCGUUCCUAGUCAAGCAUAAGGAGAUUAACACUGACAUCACAAGUUUUGUAUCGGAGAUACUAGAUCUCCCGGAUAAUCCCUGAGACUCGUGCAUUAUUUCUUAGUUCCCUUAUGUAUUUUUUCUCAUCACGUACGUGUUUUCGUUUCUCUCUGUGGGAGAGUCCUAUCGAACUUUCGAAAGAUCGAGUCAUGCUAUUGUGCGAAUAACAUUACUCGUUUUAUAAAUACCGUGAAAUUGAUUUGAUAUUUAUGCUUCUUCCAAUUUGUAAGGGUACGCUCUACCCAUGCCAAUCAUGUUACUAUUUGCACGGUUUGUCAUCUCCUGACAGAUAGUCAUUUGUUGUAUGUGACUAAAGGUGCAUGCCCAUUAAGGGAAAGGGAAGCGAAGAGAAGAGAAGCGAUAUUCUUACGCUGGAUUCCUUUACACACAAUCAAAUAUGAGCCCACUCACAGUAGCGACACAGAGCGAAACGACUUGUCAUGUUUAACGUGUGGAGUUGACAAAGUUGACCGUGAUUCUCUUCGCUUCGGUUCCAUGGGCAUGCAGCUUAGUGCGAUCUAAACAAUACAAUGAUUAACUACUUUUUAGUUACUAUAUAGUAAGAACAUGCCCUAAUUUGGUGGGGUUCAUAAGUAGCAAAAAUUGUAGCUGGUCGUAAUACACUCUACUUCAGUUUUUCUAAUUAUAAAGUCGUCGAUAGCAGACGCAACUGAUGUGUCUUAGUUCCCUGAAAGUACACCGUUCUUUUCUGGUUCAUUAUAUGUUUGUUAGGAAGAAGGUUUGAUUUUAAAUCAGUUUUGAUAAUUUCACAUUGCUUUUUUAAAACUAUUACUUGCUCGCUUGAACAUGCGUUCAGCUCUAUGAAGCCCAUACAUUUGUCUCGUCCAAAAAUGUUUGGCAGUGCUGUACAUACUAAGAAAACAAGUAGUAAAGUAAGUAGGUACCUUAAAAAUUGUAAUGCUGCCUUCAUUGUGGAAUGAUCAGGUAUAUUUACAAUUCUCUGAAUCAAUUUUUUAUAUAAUGUGUCGUGUUAAUUUUUCUUCUACAAAUACAAAUACUGUGGUAUCCUUAACGUAUUUUACCUGAUACUGUAUUUCAGCUUCAACAAAAUUAUUCGAGAUGAAAUGAAGUCAUCCCUGAGAAUUUGUCAAAGUUUUUUUUUUCGCCUCUCCGCAAUAAUUAGAAAUCUACUACGGAAAGGUUAGUUAGAAGGCGCUGUAACCAUCUAUAUGCUCAUAUAUAUGAGACAUUAAUUUUUAAUAUUAAUAUUUACAAUUAUUGUGUAGAGGAGAAACAUAAAUGGUAUCUCAUUUCAUCUGGGUAUUUUUUGGCUAUCUUCAGAUAGAAUGCUUUAAUCAAGGGUGGUAUAUGUAUCCUCAAGUAAUAAUUAGUAGAAAUAAAAUUCAAGAAACAUAAAAAGGGUACCUGAUUCAUUCACAUGAAAAAUUUCAGUUGAUUGAUAUUUGAUUUUAGUGUACGAUUUUAAUUAGGUACAGGGUGAUCCAAAUAGAAAUUCGUCACUUGAUUUAGAAAAUAUAUGUAGCAUAUUACUGUUACUUUGUUAUUUGGCCAAUCUUUUUUGUAGAUCUGUGAUAACCCUUUGUUUUGAGUCAUCUUGUACCGGUGAUUUUUAUGAUUUUAACGUAAUUUUGUUUUUAAUGUAAUUUUUAACAUCACAGAUUGUUCAAAUGUUAUUUAUUUUAUCAUGAUUUACCUUACACUUAUUAUUAAGUUGACAUUAUCAAUGAAAAUUUAAUUUUUAUUGUUAAAACGUGUGAUAAAUAAAUAGAAGUCAAGCAAUUCAAUAUAUCUCCUUUAUGCCACCUAUUUUUAUAUUGGGCGUUCAGUGAAGGCCGUUCUCAUCCUCGAGAGAAUCACAACUUCAUAGCCAACACCUGAUUCGAAUGUGCACGGCUAACGGAGCGGCCUGACGACACUUGACAGAACAAAACUAAAAACAAGUUUAACCUAGAAAUACUGAUCAUUUAUUGAUUAAAAACAGUCAAGUCUUGUAGAAAUGUCACACAAUUACAAUAUUAAAAAAUCGAAUAAAAAUUGUAUAAUGCGAAUUCACUGUAUUCCGAUUGCCUAAAAAAUCCGAUUUAUGGAUUAAAAUGGAGAAUUCAUUCCCAACUUCGUACCAAAGUCUAGUCGAGCUCUUUUUAAAAACCUUUUAUUGACCCUGAAAAUUAGAUAAGCUUAAUAAUGACCAAAUAUAGUGAUGAAUUUUAGAUAUACGCAACUCGCGUUAAUUAACACACGGCAAUGAUCAUAACACUUGGUAGUUUGAGAAAAUUACGUGAACCUAUUUUCACAUCAAUAUGUUAUACAUUGGAUCGAAAAAUGUUUCCUUACUGGCGC